AUGAAAUACUUUAUCUAUGUUAUAAUCACUAUGAUAAUUGGAGUUACCUUAUCCUACACUAUCAAGGAUGUGGAUAUGUCGAACAUAAAAGAAUCGGUUAAUUACCAAUCAAACGACAAUUCUACUUGUUCUAUGUGUAUACAAUAUAUUACCAAAUGGCAAACAUAUUUAAACUCAACUUCAGUGGAUGAACAGAUUGAAAAAUAUAUUAAAUCAACUUGUGCAUUUUAUUUAUUUUUCAGACAUCAGUGUGAGAAGAUGAUGGAAAGAUGUUUGAAUAAAACAAUCGACAUUAUACAACAUACCAAUGCUACAACAUUAUGCAAAUUCACUCCUUUCUGUUAA